UAUGCGUAUGCAAUCAGUGAGACUGCAGUAGAUUGGAGUCAAGUUGGAGUUUAAAUGGACAUGAUUUUAGUUUAAGAUAAUUGUAUAGUGUUUGCUAUUAUGUGUUCUCAAUAAGACUGAUACUAAAGCUUUUUGUUAUCGUUUAAGAUUACAAGUGACAAGAUAAUCGAUAAACAAAUAAUAUUCAAACGUAGGUGGUACUUAACCAAACAUUGUAAAUUUUUUUGUUGAAGAAUUACUCUUUUUUAUUAUCAAAAAUACACAGUAUAGCGAUAUACAUAAAUAAAGAUCUUGCAGUAUUUUAGCAGAUACCUUAUACCCAUAAUGGACACGGAUAAAGAAGCUCUAGAAGAAACACCUGAGUCAAGUAUGAAUUCUCAGAUCGAGAUGGAUUUGGACGAUCAUCAGAAUGCAACUUCAAUGAAUGCAAAAUCCCUCGAGAAUAUAUUCGAAAUGGAGGGCAUGUCAGAAUUAAAUACCGAUAACGAUAACGGAAUGUCUGAUAGAAGUCAUUGCGGACACGCAAUGGAAGAAGAAACUGCAUCUGCCGAUGAUACGAGCGUAUAUAAUAGUUUAACAACUGAAGAUUGCAUUAUGGAGUCCACCACAGAUUGUAUAGUAGUUACAGAUGAUUUAAGACAAUUUGACGUUUUGGAUGAUUUAGAACGACAUCAGGAUCAAAACUGCUCCGAUAUGGACUCAGACACGAAUGAAAGUAUGGAUUCCGAUGUACCCGACGAAGAAAUUGAAGCUAUGCUAGAAGAAGGUUUACCGGAAGAAUUUAAAGGCAAAAGAAAAGACAAGAAAGAUAGCGUACCGUACGAAGAGAAAGAAAAGCUUGUCUUAGACGAAAUCGGCCACAAUCAUUUCGAUGUGCUUCCCGAAGGUUGGGUGCAAGUUACGCAUAACAGCGGAAUGCCUUUGUAUUUACAUAAACAAAGUAGGGUUUGUACUCUCGCGAAACCAUAUUUCCUUGGACCUGGCAGUGUACGAAAGCACGAAGUGCCUGUUAGCGCGAUACCUUGUCUUCAGUAUAAAAGAGCUUUACACGAAGAGGAGGAAGAAAGGAAAAAAGAAAAGGAGCGCGAUUCGAAUGCGGAAGUUUGCAAUCUGCCUAGCGCAAAAAUUGAAACGAUUCAAGAGAACCGAGCGGCUCAUUCGUUGGACAGUGAGCAAUUGAGGGAUUAUUGCCAAUCGCUCUUUCGUUUUAAAGCGAUCAAAGUGAUGAGGUUCCAAUCAUGGUCAGCGAGAAGGAAAUUCACGAAAAACAAGAAACAUCGUAAGCAACUCGAACGGCCAACGUUGCCCGAUGGAACGAAGCUAAUAACAUUUCCAGUUAGUAGUUCUAGUCUAACAGGAAGCAGUAGCGGUACUACAGGAGAUGACGGUGGUGGACAAAGGCCACCGAAACAUUGGAUAAUGAACCCCUCGGGCAAAAGUUAUGUUUGUAUACUUCACGAAUAUGUACAGCAUGCGCUUAAGAAGCAACCGACUUAUAAGUUUAAAGAAUUAGAAAAUGCUGCGACACCAUACUCUGCCGUCGUUUGUAUCAACGAUAUGGAAUAUGGAAGCGGUUUUGGUAGCAGUAAGAAACAAGCAAAAGCCAAUGCUGCUCGGAAGACCCUUGAAAUCUUGAUACCCCAAAUGAGGGAUAAAAUUUCAGGUGACAACAGUGGAAACGCCGCUUCUGGCAAUAACAGUAGAAUGAUUAAGGCAUCUAGAACAAAUUCGGACGCGGAUCUGUCAUUCUUCGAUGAAAUAUCUAUAAACGAUCCACGAGUCGCAGAAUUUUGCGCGAAAACAACUGAACCAUCGCCGCACGCUAUUUUAAUCACUUGCCUCCAACGAAAUUACGGACUGGGCGAUAUGCACAUUAAUUAUUCCGUAACCACGUUGAAGCAUCAACGUAAUGAAUUCACAAUGCGCGUUGGAAAACACGAGGCUACCGUUGUAUGUCGUAACAAAAAAGAUGGCAAACAACGUGCCGCGCAAGCUAUCCUGCAGCUCAUGCAUCCUCACAUUCAAUCUUGGGGUUCCUUGUUAAGGUUGUACGGAUCUCGAAGCGUAAAAUCAUUCAAAGAAAAGAAACAACUGGAGCAAGAGAUCACGCUGUUACAAGGUAAAGCCGCGGUUAAUCAACCAAAUCACGCUAUUUUAAGUAAACUCAGGCAAGAAAUGCGUAAAUUGGCCGAACAACGACAGGCGAUACAACCUAUCGGUAAGUUUAUACCAUUAGACUUGCCGACGGGAUCUGCAGCUAAUCUGAAUAACGUAGACUUAUAGCGUACUAGUCAACUGUGUGAAUCAUACAAAUGUUAAUUUAUUAUAUAAGUUUCGAAACGGCGACAGUUCACCAAGCUUUAAUGUACUUUCACUUUCUUUUUCAAUUUUUGCUUAAACGUAAGCACAAAACAUUUUAUACAUUUCGUUUUAUAAGAUAUACGAUGUAGAUUUCCAAGUGGUGCUGAUCAUGAAACUAUUUGUUUUACUAUUUUUAUUGCAUUUUUAUCUUUUACACAACGCAAUACCGAUGAUUUUUACUAAAUAACCAAUGGCGUAACAGGCUUCGUACCGAUAAAAUUACGUUGGAUUAAGUUUACUUAAAUUCAAGCACGAUUCGAAGUAUCAUAAAACGCUACCUCAGUUGCCUAACUCUUAUUGCACCAUUGUGAAUUGUCAAAUUUGUAUAUGUGACCAAUUUCCCGUCUUUUUUAAAUAGAUGUACUUUUUAUCUUAUAAGGAGGCUAAUAUUAUAUUCCUGUAAUUAUCAAUUGUGUAUAAAGACAUUGUUUUAUAUUAUAUAUAAUUAUAAAAGAUGUAGAAACUCGCAGAACAUGGUCGUUUAUUUUCGAAGAACUGAUUACGAUAAAGUAUAGUUCAGUUCCGUAAAUGUUAAAGCAUCAAAACUUGUGUAUUAAUAACAAUAAUAAUGUAUUCAAAAGCGUUACAAUCAUUCUAAUGAAACUGCUAAUAGAAUUAGUGGUAUAAAUAAACUGUGAAAUUAUGAAUAAAAUACUUGAUUGCUUCCACAGAUAUAUACAUCAUUUUAAUACCUGUUGUUUUCUUUGGCACUUUUACACGACUUGUUUCUAUAUUAAUUUUUUAAUCCUACAGUCUAUGUAAUACAUUACUAAUUACUAAUAUUUAACAAUGUAUGACCAGAAAUUAAUAACAGAAAUGUUGAAUUCUACUUCUAUAAUGUUUAUACUUUGUUGUUCGAUAUAUUGAUUGAAAAGAAUUUUUCUUUACUUCAUUUACGCGUCCUUGUAGAAAGUACAAACAUUAACGUUCAUUAUUAUUCGUGUACUAUAAAUAAUUCAUAUCUGGUGUCGCGCAUAG